AUGGCCUGCAACACCUGCCGCCAGCGAAAGGUCAAGUGCGACGCCGAGUACCCCAAAUGUCGCAACUGUCGGGUGCGCAAUCAGGCUUGUAUCACCACCGAUCCGCAGCGACCGGGGUGUCCAGGGGUUAGAGAGUGGCUUGAGGUGCUGGAGAAGGACAAGGAGAGGACUCAGUUCGGCGCCCUAAGGGAAGACUCCAACGAAAAGACCAAUGGCACGGAUGCGCCAUCACAGGAGGAAGCAGGCCUGGCCGUCGCCCCUUCCUCAUCGCUUGAGCAGGAGAGAGCCGACGUCGAAGAAAACGAACCGUCCCCCGUCCGACAACCAUUCGAGACCUCCGUCAACGCCGAGCAGGGGACGAACCGGACGAAAACCCUCGGGGGCAGUUCCUCGCAAUGCCUUGCCAAAUCAUUGGAUGUCUACUUCAAGGCCGCUCGGAUGGAGCCUGUCUCGGACUUCUUUCGGCAUGGGAUGAGACGCGCCGUCGAGCUGGAUAUCCCGCUCACUCUGAGCCUUCCUGAUCUCCCGGACCGAGAACGACGAGCUCGGUAUUUGGAGGUCUAUCACUCCCGCAUUGAUCCUCUCUACCCGAUCUUCGACUGGCCAGCACUCACAAGGGGCGUUGAGCACCUUGCCGGGGUGUCCAAUCUUGCCGCGAUCUCUAGAGACGAGAUUCCCUUUCUAGUGUGUGCAUACCUUAUCAUGGCUUUGGGGAUGGACGAGGCAGCGCAGUGCCCUACCGAGGAAGGGGAGAGAUAUUUGCAUGCAGCGGCUAGUCUGCUAGGUCAUACGAUUGUCGUGCCCUAUCAGCCCACCGUCCAAGCCCUCAUUCUAUUCACCGUCGCGUACCGCGGCAGGAACCAAGAAGGCCUUGGAUGGCAGACGUUGGGCAUUGCCAUCCGUAUUGCCUGCACGCUCGGCAUGCAUCGUUCCUCGAAGCUGCCUACUAACCUUGUCCGGACACGAAUCUGGGCAACCUGCUGCUCCCUCGAGAAAGUCAUGCAAAUAGCAUCAGGUUGGCCAACCGUCAUCACAGACGAUCUAAUCGCGCAACCCGAUUCCCUAGACGGUUUAGAGCACCGCUUCCUGCAAUGGCACCUCGGUCUCGCAAACUACCAGGGCAGCAUAAGCCAACACCUCUACACUUACCGGCCUUACAAAACCUCUUCUUCCAGCAGCAAAAGCCAGCAGGACACCAGAGCAACAGUGCGCCAGAUUCUCCUCGACACCGCCCGUCUCGACCGGGGCCUACUUUCCUGGGCAAAUAACAUACCUCUCGAUAUGCGACCGGGCAGUGACUUGAUCACGUCCAGUGCCGACUUUCACAUCCUCGCAUUCCUCUCUAUCGAGUACCAUGGGACUCUGAUCGCCCUGCAUCGCGCCGCCCUAAUUGCGCCACGGUCGAUGAUCGAAGAAGAAGUGACUCGCCACUGCCCGGACGACCCGUCCCGGCACCGGCUGUCAAACGGUGAGGCAAUAUGCGCAAAUAGCGCCAGAGCAAUUGCAAAGCUGAGCAUUGAGCUGGCAGAGAGGGGCGCGGAUAGCGUGCUGAUACCAGCGGGGACGGCAGGAUUGGCAUGCAUUGCGCUGGCGAUUUGGCUGAUGAAGCAUCCUAGCUCAAGGCUUCGAGAUAUGGAUCUGCAGCUCCUCAAGGGCUGUUUGACGUAUGCCAGUACGCGAUGGGCCCAGUGUGGCUUUGAUGCCAAGUUCCUGGAAGGUUUGGGAGCAGUUUACGAGCAAGUUAGGCGGAGGUUAGAGAGCACUCAUGCAGCCGCUCUGGAUGGGACCCCAAAAGUCUGUCAUGGAUACGUUGACCCGAGUGCCAGUGGCAAACCUGAGACUCCCCGGUAUACGGCUGAGAACCUCCCAACGCCGUUAACAUCGGGCUACGCGGCAGGGACGCCGAUACAGCACAAUCCGGGACACAGUUAUCACCACCCCAGCGAAGCAACACCUACUUUAGCACACAAGGCGACACCUACAUCUUCAUGCUUCAAUUCCACUUACAGUGGCCAUGGGUUGCUAAAUCGAAACAACGGUCAGAACGGUCAGCAUACCAAUUGGUCACAGCCACAACCAAUGCAUAGCUCGGACCUAGGUACCAACGCCAUCACCCAUGGAUUUUUAGAUGGGAUAGCAGACGCUGAAACAACUCUCGGUGGUCUGACAAGCUUCGAUGAGACAUUCCCUUUCGAAGGGUUGAAUGUGGAAGAACUGUGGAACUGGAUGUUGUACUUUGACAGUCCGCCUAGAACGGACACGCUCUGA